CCAGAGCCUGAGGCCCCCACACGGUUACCACACACACUGUACAGACGCACAGCGGCACAUCCCUCCAGUCUCUGCACCGUCUCACAGCGAGGACACGCCAGGAUGAAGCUGAAGCUGCCGAACCCCGGCCUGGAGGAGCGCAUCCACUCCCACGCUGAGCUGGAGAAGAUGGAGGAGGUCCAGGCUGGAGACCGGCCACAGUGGGACAACAAAGCCCAGUACAUGUUGACCUGUGUGGGCUUCUGUGUGGGACUUGGGAACGUCUGGAGGUUCCCCUACCUCUGUCAGAGCCACGGAGGAGGAGCGUUCAUGAUUCCGUUCUUGCUGCUGCUGGUUCUGGAGGGGAUUCCUUUGCUGCACCUGGAGUUCGCAGUGGGACAGAGGCUGAAGAAGGGAAGCAUCGGGGUCUGGAGGUCCAUCAGCCCCUACUUGACUGGAGUUGGUGUAGCAUCCAUGCUGUGCUCGUUCGUGGUGGGCAUGUACUACAACACCAUCAUGGCCUGGGUCAUGUGGUACUUGUUCAACUCCUUCCAAGACCCUCUGCCCUGGAGUCAAUGUCCCAUAGAUGACAACAGGACAGGUUUUGUGUCAGAGUGCGCCCGCAGCUCUCCAGUGGACUACUUCUGGUACAGAGAGACUCUAAACAUCUCAACAAAAAUCGAGGAUUCAGGCGGGUUGCAGUGGUGGAUGGUGUUGUGUCUGAUCGCAGCUUGGGUACUUCUCUGGGUCUGCUGCAUCCGUGGAAUUGAAACCACCGGCAAGGCUGUGUACAUAACAUCCACUCUUCCCUAUGUGGUUCUCACAAUCUUCCUGAUCAGAGGGCUGACUCUCAAAGGCUCUGUGAAUGGGAUUAUUUUCCUCUUCACUCCAGAUGUGGAUGAACUGAUUAACCCAACCACUUGGCUGGAUGCAGGUGCCCAGGUGUUGUUCUCCUUCUCAUUAGCUUUUGGGGGCCUCAUCUCCUUCUCCAGCUAUAACCCAGUGCACAACCACUGUGAAAAGGACUCAGUCAUAAUCUCAAUCAUAAAUGGCCUGACAUCCGUCUACUCAGCUACGGUCAUCUACUCCAUCAUUGGCUUCCGAGCCACAGAGAAAUACGACGAGUGUGUGGCAGGAAACAUCAUGGCCCUCUUGAAUACAUUUGACCUUCCAGAGGGAAACAUCACUGAAAGUACCUAUGAUGAAGUCUUUAAGACUCUCAACAGCACCAGUCCAGAAAUCAUUCAGGGGCUCAACCUGCCAACUUGUGACAUGAAGACUUUUCUCAGUGAGGGAGUGGAGGGUACUGGCCUGGCCUUCAUCGUGUUCACAGAAGCCAUCACGAAGAUGCCCAUCUCUCCUCUCUGGUCUGUGCUCUUCUUCAUCAUGCUCUUCUGUCUGGGACUCUCCACCAUGUUUGGCAAUAUCGAAGGGUGCGUGGUGCCUCUGCAGGACCUCAACAUUCUGCCCAAGACUUGGCCUAAAGAAGUGUUCACAGGUCUGACGUGCCUGGUCUCCUGCCUCAUAGCGCUUAUAUUUGUUCAGUGCUCUGGAAACUACUGGCUUGCUCUCUUUGAUGGGUUUGCGGCUUCUAUUCCACUGCUUGUAAUAGCUUUCUGCGAGAUAAUCGCUGUGGUUUAUGUCUACGGCAUUGACAGGUUUAAUGAGGACCUUAAGUUUAUGGUCGGCCACAAGCCCAACAUCUUCUGGCAGGCCACAUGGAGAGUCCUAAGUCCUCUCAUCCUGCUGGUCAUCCUGGUGUUCUACUUCAUCACCACUGUUAGCAAAAAGCUAACAUACAUCGUCUGGGACCCUGAAUCGCCUGUUUUCCCAACGCUAGCUCAGGUGACUUACCCUGACUGGAUCAGCGGGAUCAUAUUCAUCCUGGCUGGAAUUCCCUGCCUCGCUAUUCCUGGAGUGGCCCUCUUUAUGUUCAUAUGGAAGCGCUGCUGUAAGAAGGACAGACAUUACACGGAAGAGAGACUCAGCACUAUAUCAGACAAAGUGCCCAUGAGUGUAGCAACAUCAGAUUAAUAAUCAUAUACUGUCCUUCAAAACCUUGUAUCUCUAUUUUUAUUGGUUUUAAUUUUUUUUCAUAAGUUGCAAACUCCUUUUACCCUGUGCAUCAUGGUAGAAUGUCAUGAUGAACAGACCAAUAGACAGGCUUCAAAAUCUACUUCUGGUUCCAUUAACUUCCAUUCCAUUUGAUUUGCAUAUGUCAUUCUGCUAAGAAGCUGUUUGACAUGUGAAACACUGUGUGUCUCUAAAGGUCCAAGGAACUGAAUUAAUGUGAAACAUUAAGUCUCACAUGCAAUAUAAGUUUCUAAACGUGCCUGAGCACUAAACAUGACUGCCAGUGCCAAAGCCUGGACGAAACCCAGGCGAUUUUAUACACUUCAUAAGUUAUAAAGUUCUAAAACUGUGUUUAAAUAAUAUUAAGAGAAUUUUUUUAAAUAUAUUUUAUCAACAAAAUUUUAAGUCUUGUAUGUUUUUUAUUUAUUUAUUAUAAUUUUGAGAGCAAUUAAAGAAAUUCUUGAAACUA